AUGAGCUCCCUUGCUUUCUUGGUGACUGAACUACAGUCUUUAGCAAGUGAAACGAGACGGAAGCACCCUGAAAUACGCGAGGCUGCAGAAAAAUCAUUGGCUAUUUUACGCGCGUCGCCGGAGCAGGCGACUGCCAACUUGGCUUCAGAUGGACCUCAAUCCGAUGAUCUUCUGAGACCAGUAUUUAUGGGAUGCAGAACUAAAAACGCCAAAGUCGUCGCGAUUUCAUUAGGGUCACUUCAGCGUCUCAUCGCACUCAAGGCCGUUCCCCAAUCCGCCGUGCCUCUAAUCAUCAGCACAAUGAGUGAUGCGAUGUCGCAAGGAGUCGACAUUCAGCUUCGUAUUCUUCAGACACUGGUUUCCCUAGUACCCAACUUCCCUGCCAUCCACGGUGAUCUACUAGGCGACGCUCUACUAUUGUGCUUCAAAUUACAAGAAUCGAGAAUCGCAGUCGUAUCAUCGACUGCUGCGGCGACUCUUCGACAGUUAGUCAUGUUCGUGGUUGAUAAAAUGGUGCUAGAGGAUCGCCAGGAGGAAUCCGAGGAAAUCCCAUCCGCAGACCUGUCAGAGGUUCAAUUACCUGACGGGACAACGAAAUUACUUGGACCAUCUGCGAAGGACGCGUUUUCUGUGUUCGAAGACCUUUGCCUCCUUGCCAAUUCGGAGAAAGCCAAUUUUCUCAAGCUCGAGUUUUUACACAAAACAUUUGCACUUGAAUUAAUAGAAAGCGUGUUGACCAACUACCACGAGCAGUUUCGCAGGCAUUAUGAACUUAUCCUUCUUUUGAGUCAUCACAUGUGUCCUUUACUUCUUAAAUCUCUCUCAGAACGUCCACAAUUCCCAUUACUGCUGCGGUGUACCCGUGUCGUGUUUCUACUUCUUAAAAAAUUUUCAUUGGAACUUCGAACAGAGUCGGAAGUGUUCCUGAUGCUUCUGAUCCGCAUCAUUAGUGAAGAGAAUGGCCCAGACUCCUCAGAGCAACCACAUCAUGCACACUCUUCCAAACCGCUAUGGAUGCGAGUUUUAGCUAUGGAGAUAAUGAGAGGAUUAUGUAGCGAUGCAGAGCUCAUCAGAAAUCUUUGGGACCGAUAUGACGCUCUCGAUACCGGUUCUAAAGCUGUAACAUCGCUUGUUACGGCUCUCAAACGAUUGGUGACGGAAAAGCCUGCGUUGCUUGGCGUCAGUCAGCAAAUGGGAGGUAUUGGUGUACAGUCAGAAUCAUCAUCUAGUGCCACCGGAGCUGCGGCAUAUGGGUUGGAUAUGGCCGGAAGAGUAGCAAGUGCCACUGUUAGCGGUGUUGUCACAAUGAUUGGAGGGGAGGCAGGUUUGAGCUCGUAUGGCUCAGCUAUGAAAGUUCAAUGUAUUGAUCAAUUGGACAAAGCUGAUGCGCCUGCAAUUCCCGACGCGUACUUAUAUCUCCUCGCAGUGCAAUGCAUUGUCUCCCUUUCAGAAGGAUUUGCCUCCUUUUCCGGGCCCAUAUACAGCCAAAUUGCUCUCCAACGCCCUCGUGCAGCAGGCGAUGCCGUUGUCCGCGCACCCCCUGCCUUAGAUCUCGAUGCAUUACCACAAAAUGACCCCCAAACACAUAACUUGCGCACCGUGCAAUCCAUCAUCUCGCAAGCAUGGCCCGCUCUCCUCGCCGCUCUCUCUUUUAUCAUCUCCACAAAUCUCUCAGAUGAGCUGUUCGUCGAAGUACUCGCGAGCUAUCAAGCGAUGACCAAUGUAUCUGGAAUGCUUGGCCUCACGACUCCGCGCGACGCGUUUUUCAAUUCCUUGUCGAAGUUCGCUGUUCCUCCCCGUGUUGUGUCGAGCUUGGAGACUUGGGUUGAGCAUCCGCCGCCACAGACGCCGCGAUCGGCAACGGCGGCACUUUCAGAGGGGCUGGGACUAGGCGGGCCAAGUCUGCCCCCUGGUCUGUCUGAGAGAAACAUGGCCUGCUUGAAGGUGUUUUUGGGCUGUGCACUUUUCCUUGCUGGAAGCUUAGGAGAAAGCUGGUACCCCGUGCUUGAAGCUCUGCAGAAUGCCGAUUCGGUUCUUGGUGUGAUGGCGAGGAGCGGUGGUGGGCAGAGCAGUAAGAAGGGACUUUUCGGUGGCGUUGCUGCUGCUGCCUCUGGCCCAAGCUCGGGCGGUAGCGGCGGAGGCGUGCCUGCAAGUCGGUCCGUUUCAUUGACAAUGUCUAAUUCACAAUCAAAUGUUAGCAACGCUCAAGCCAUACGACACCCCUUACUUUCCGACCUUGAGGUUGAGACCAUGCAAAUGGCUGUACAAAGGCUGUUUGACUCAUCGAAGAAUUUGGAGGAUUCGGCGUUCAAGGACUUCGUCAAUGCGUUGUGUAAAUUGAGUUCGGAAAUGGUGGGGAUGCAAACUACUGAGGUUGUGGCUGUGAACGUUUCUGAGACUGGAGAGGAGACUGGGGCGACUGGGACCACUUUGACCAUCAACAAAAGUCAAGAAAGUUUUGGCAAUCGCAGGAGGGUCAGUGGCAUAUAUAUCCCGAAGAAUGUGAGGUCGGGUGACUUUGGCAUUUCGAAACUAGGAGGAGUCGCCAUGCUCAAUAUUCAUCGGCUUAUCUACCGAUCGCCAGAGAUCGCUUGGAACGCGACUACCAGUCAUUUGCUGAUGGUCAUCGGCCUCCCCUUUGCUCCCCAAUCCAUCCGGAUCCAAGCCGCCCGUGUGCUAGAUGAAAUUCUACUCGUUAUACCGCGAAAUCUGAGCUCAACAGGAGAGUUACAGGCCGAAGUCCAGCGCCGAGUUUUGGAUGUUUUAGCACAGCAGAUAAUUCCUGAUUCCAACGUUCCUCUCAACCAGCAAACUACAACCAGUGUAGAAAUCAGGAGAAUGGGCUUAGAGACCCUACAUCAAAUUUUGCAGGCUGCUGGGCAUACUCUAGUUGUUGGCUGGGAAACUAUAUUUGAGAUGCUGGGAAGCGUGUGUCUGCCUGCAAGUCAGAGCUUCGGUAGUUCAGGAGCUACGCGCCCAACGCGGUCAAGAUCCACAGAUUCCGUUUCCAUUUUGAGUGGACCUCCUUCACCCGUCAUCCGAACAAAGCCGCUGCCCAUCGGGCUAAGCAACCCAACUGAAAAAAGCUAUAACGCUUUGGUCAAGAUCGCGUUCCAAUCUCUGACCUUGGUAUGCGAUUCGGUUUCUAGUCUCUCUCCAGAGCAUCUUCGUCUAUGCAUUAGUACUUUGGGGCACUUUGGACACCAAGCAGACACCAAUAUCGCGCUGACAGCCGCUGCCAGCCUUUUAUGGAGUGUGUCGGAUGCUAUCCAAUCCAAGCGCAAGAAUAUGGAUGAAGAGCCGGAGUAUAGCGAAUUGUGGAUGUUCCUCUUGCUAGAGGUUCUUGGACUCUGCACCGAUUCGCGUGCUGAGGUUCGAGAUGGUGCCAUUCAGACGUUGUUUCGGACGAUGCAAUUGUAUGGUGCUACUCUCAGCAUGGACACUUGGGAACAAUGCAUAUGGAAAGUUACAUUCCCCCUACUAGAUGCUUUGACGGAUCAGAUACGAUCGCAUAAAGGCGCUGACCAGCCUGAUGAAGGCGUCGAGCAUUCAUGGGAUGAAUCAAAGAUCCUCGCUCUGUACUCAAUCGGAUCGAUUUUCAGCGACUUCCUUAUUGACAAGAUUAUUCUAUUGGAUUCCUACACGAAAGCAUGGGACGCGUUCAUGGUUCAUAUCGAAGAAACAAUCUUGACAGACAAUCGGUGCAUCAGCCCGCCGGCGUUACGCUGCCUCGAAAAGGCCAUCAAGGCAUUUUCAGGCGCUGAAGGAGUGAUUCGAGUGCGGGUAUCGGAGUCGCUGGAGAGGAUAUGGAAGACCUUGGUAGCGUUGAGUACUGCCGCAACAAAGAAGUAUACUUCCCAGGUUGACUUAGAAAAUUCUCCAAACCCACCAUUUACUCAGGAGGGUCUGGUGGCGUAUGUCGAUGUGAUUCAAGGUACUAGGAAAGCAAGCAAAGUAGUAGAUGGAAAAGAGUGGGAUCUACCAAGGCUGACUACGUUGAUGGCAAUCCUAAAAGGUGUUUUGACCUACCCCCAUUCGCCGGAUUACAGACCUGAUAUCGAUGCUCUCCCCCCUGUACAGUCCGUGGUAAUGGAUACGAUUGUCGACAUCGAUCUCAGUAUACCAGGCUCUCCAUCUCUCGUCAUGCGCGACCUGUCUGAAUACAUCACCCUGCCAUUCCUUGCCGCUUUUGAUGUCCAGCCUAGCUCCAAAACUUCAUCGCAGCAAACCCCUCAAAAACGCAUCACCUACAUCGCCAUUUCGAAAAAGACCAUGCCAAUGUUGGUGGAACUUUUCUUGAGGUUCAAAUCACACGAAGACAUCUAUGUUGAUGGAACUUUGGAAUCCGUCCUCUCAGCAUAUUCAAUACCUGUCAAACUGAAGUACGAUUGUCCUGCACCUUCAAAGUACGGCAAGGAUCUGCCUUUAUGGAAAACUGCGACGACUUGCUUCCUCCGCAUCGUAAAGGAGUCCACUUUACAAAUAGAUGCAAUGGGGGAAAAAAUAAAUGAUGAACGAAUUGAAGGUAUCUGGAGGCAGAUUCUAGAUGUCUUCCGUGGUGGUAUUCUGGCUGACUGCUCAACUGCGGAGAACUUCUCACUCGAUGUUCAAGAGGCUGAAGAGAAUUUUGAUCUUGCCCUUAUUGCAUCUCUGGAGAUUGAUGUCGUACCGCAUCUGGGUGGGCCCCGUGUUCCAGAUGUGCUUGUGGCCCAGUUGGGGAAGAUUCUUCUCCAAGGUAGCAAGAUCUACAGAGUGGAGGAUUCUGAGAUGUCACCCAUGACUUCGCGACCGUCGUCCUUCUCUUCUGUGUCAUCAACAGCGGAUGUGCCCUCGUUGUCUAUGAGAAGAGGAUCUACAUCAACUGAUGCUACAUCGCCUGCAGUAAGCAUAAGUCCGCCGUUGAAGGUUAUCAAGGUGGAUGUGGAUGUUAAUUACCCUGACCUUGGGACUACGGACUUUGGCAAUUUGGUGCCGCGAGAACGAUUUUCGUAUUGGUGUUUCGACCUUUUAUUCCUCAUCUGCUCAGAUGUCACGAGAGAUCAAGAGCAAUCGCGACGACGACUAGCUGCUUUAAGUUUACCUUCACUUCUUAAUCGAUGCAAAACUACACUUUUGGGAUACGUGGCAGAUGAAUCAUUGAGGGGUAACACACCAUUCCCUAGAGCUCGCGAGGAAGAACUUUUAUAUGUUCUUACUAAGAUUCAUGGCCUUCGGCUUUGGCCUGGAUCACUGUGGGCAGCAUUGUCCGACAAACCCACAGAAUACUGCAUCAAUCAGCCAGAUAUACCUAUACCCUCGACUCCUCAAGAACUCAUUGCUGAUUCGGUGAAACGGACCACUGUUGCCCACCUGUUCCACUUUUAUCCCAUCCUAUGUGAAAUUGCGUCAAUACCACGCCGGAGCCCAUCAGAGAUCAGGAUCUACCGCUCCUUGCACACGCGAGCUGAUAAGAUGGAGGUUGCUAGUGGAGGUGGCGAAGCUCUGGAUUUGUUGGGCAGGGACAACAAUUCUGUAUCUGACCUCGACGCGCGGACGGUGGCGAGAGAAUGUUUGAAGGAGAUCGGACGAGAGAUGGGCGUCCCCUGA